AUGAAAGUCGAGGGCAGAACAUUCAUCAUCUCAGGCGGGACUUCUGGUCUUGGAAGGGGAGCAGCUCAGCUGCUGACUCAUGGGGACGCCUACGUCGUUCUCUUCGAUCUCGCAGAUGAUAACAACGUUGUGGGCCAGCUGCCUGCGGGUCGAGCCAAGUUCUUCCAGGUGGAUGUGACUUCGACGAGUGAUAUCCAGAAAGCCACUGAUGGCACUAUUGAAUGGACGAAGGAGACUGGCGCGCCGUUGGGUGGUGUUAUUGCCUGUGCUGGAAUCGCAGCUCCUGCGAAGAUAAUCAAUUCCUCCUAUGAACCUGCCGACAUCGACACCAUCCAGACUGUCAUCAACGUUAAUGUGAUCGGGACAAUCGACCUGAUCCGUCUCGCUGUGCCGCAUCUCGCACGCGUUGCUCCCUCCACGGACUCCGAGAAUGAAGAAGAGCGUGGAGUCGUCAUCAUGGUCUCCUCUUCGUCCGCCUACGACGGCCAGCCGGGCCAGGUCGCCUACGCUGCAUCCAAGGGGGCGAUCCGAUCUCUCACCCUCCCUCUGGCGCGCGACCUGAGUCGCUACGGUAUCCGCGCGGUGUCCAUCGCGCCUAAUAUCUUCGACACGGGAAUGACGGCCAUGAUGCCGGAGAAGCUGUAUAAUAGUUUGAAGAAGACGCUGGAGUGGCCGGCCAGGCCUGGGAGGCCAGAGGAAUUCGGUCAGCUGGUGUUGGAUAUCUGUCGGAAUCCUAUGCUGAAUGGUGACUGUAUCCGGCUUGACGGUGCUAGUCGGUUGGCGUCGAGGAUUUGA